ACCUCACUUGCGACAUUGCUUUCAAUGCGGUUAUGCCUCUAAGUCGUGCUUCGACAUGUGGGAGAUAUAGCCGCAUCGAGGGCGUUACACUUAACCUCUCUGCACCUUCAGUUUUCUAUGGUUUUGCAGGCAUCACAAAAUGGCUGCAAAAAAAUUCUUCAAAAGGAACCUUUAUCAUCUCUACCGCAUGAGUUUGAAAAUGAAAUUAUGAAAGAUAAGGCAAAAAAGCUUUCGGCUAAUUACUCUGAAUAUCGGAAAGUACCUGGAGACGGGAGUUGCUUUUACAAAUCAUUCAUAUACUCAUACCUGGUGCAGCUUGUGAAAGUAUCUCACGAGGAGGAGCUACGUUUACUUGGUGCACUUGAACCUAUGUGGGAGAAAUUCCAAAGGCUUCAUUUGCCUGGUUCAUAUUCAGAUCUUCAUGAUGCUUUUGUGGGCUUCAUACUGGAAUGUAUGGAACAAAAACAAAAACUGUCAGUAAGUGGCUAUCAAGAGUGGCUUUUCCAGGAGAGUCAAAAUGAGCAGAAGUUUGCGAACAUACUUUUGUAUCUUUGACUUGUGACAGCUAUUGAGAUAUGCACUAAGGUUGAAACUUUUAAGUCAUACAUAACCGAACUUGGUCAAGGAAUGCCUGAUGCAAUAGGGUACUGCCUGGAGGAGGUUCUCCCAGUGAAGAAAGAUGCACAACAAGUGAAUCUUACUGCGCUCACCAAUGUCCUACAGGUGCCACUCCGAGUUGUUAACAUUGACGUUUCACCGAUUGAGGAGCCUAACAUCCACAUCAUCUACGAGUCACCAGAUUCCUCGGUUCCUACUGUGACACUACUGUAUAGACCAGGGCAUUAUGAUAUCAUCUACUAGAAGCCAUAGCUGUAGACUGUAGUAACAGAUAUCAUAUGACAUGUCACGGGAGAGUUGCUGGCCGCGUUGCGAUAUACUGUACUCUUGUUGUGUACAUCAGCUGCACAUAUGCACUAUUACUGUUUUC